CUAUGUUUCCAAAAGUACUUUGACUACUCACGAGUAGUAGGGUUAACAACAGGCGGAAAUGGGUUGGAUUUGCCUGCACCACCCUCAUCCCUGUAAAACUUUCCAUAUCUACAUCUCUGCUAAUCAUCGGGUGUUUAGUUGUCCUCACUUGUGUCGCAGAGUUUCUUUCGGGAGUCUCGUUCCCCGUAUUUUGUUAUUUGUAAUCUAAUUUGAUUCAAUGCCUCGAGCUCCAAUUCACCUACAAACUAUUUUUUCAACUAAAUUCAAAUUAAACAUCACAAAAUAUUAAAUCCGGCGAGGAUCCGAGGUCCGACCUCAAUCCCCAUGUUGUUCCAUCCUCAAUCCCCGAUUUUUCCAUCUCGAACCCCCAUUCGGGCCGGAAUUAGGCCCUUAAUCCAUACUAAGCCGUAAAAGCCAAACACUAUUUUUGUCUCCUCAAAAAAACAAACUUACCAAUCACUCUCCAACAACACAAGUCACGAGUCACAAUCUCUGUUUCACCGCGCAUUGCCACCACUUAGCCGAUGGACUUAUCUUCGUGGUUCCGGCGCACCCUUCUACGGAACACUGAAAAGACCCAGAACCCAGAUCCCCCAAAGCCAAAUGAACCUCAAGAAGAGCUACUUGGAGUCACGGAGCAGUUGAUCAAUCAUGUCAAGUCUUUCACUGUAGAAACCUUCAAGACUUUCCCUCUCCCAGAUGAUGAAGGAGCUACUUCUGGUGACAACUCUCUGACAACUUCAAGCAACAUUCAGAAAGAUCUCUCGGAAUGGCAGGAAAGGCAUGCCAUGCUUGUGCUUUCAAAAGUGAAGGAACUUUCCCACCUAAGAUAUAAGCUAUGCCCAGGCCACAUGAAGGAACAUCAAUUUUGGAGAGUAUACUUUAUGCUUGUCAAGAAACAGGUGGCCGAAUACGAGCUACGUGCCAUACAACUAGCAAGGCUCAAAGAAGUGACAAUGGAAAAUGAAAGGUCUACAAGUGCUGAUGCAUGUGAAGUUGAAAUGGCAGAAGCAAAGCACAAUGCAGUAGCAAGCUUAGCAUCUACAAAUCCAUAACAUCACAUAGCCCUUCUUGUAGCUGUAUCCAUUAGCUAGUCUACGGUUCCACUAAACAUUGGACAAGAUCGAACCUAGGUACAACCUUACUCCAACAUGAUCCGUUCUAUAGGUUUUGCCUUUCUAAGAGGCAUUAACGGAAUCUAGAACCAGGGAAAGUUAGAAUCCAAAUCUUUUAAUUUUUGUGCUAAUGGAAUAGUGAUUUGUCGAGGCUAAUUUGUUCACAUGUUGCUACGUUAUUUGUAUGAUAUUAAGUGAUUUGGUGACU